AUGGGAUCGGCAGACUUCGCGCAUGCAUUGGCGCAAUGGGUACUCGACGCGGGGAUUUACGAUCAGCACAAGUAUGAGGAAGCAGUGUGGAACAAGACUAAAGAGGUCAUGGCGGAAUUUGUGAACUACAUGGAUGAGCGGUUUAUACUAGAGUAUGCAUCGAACUGUGGUAACGCAGGAUGGAACCAUCCCGACUUUCCUACCCACGGUGACAUCUAUUUUGGACAGACGGUGGGGGAUAAAAUUGUAUGCGUACUGAUGGUAGGGGCCUUAUUUUUCAUGAAUGAGUGGACUAUUAAAGAAAUGACUCGACAGCCGGAAGAUCCAAUCAGUGAAAGCAUAAGGCAGCACUUACGAUGCAUAAUAGUACAUAUGUUCAGCGCCGUAUUAGACGCAUACGUGUGUCCGAGUGCGCGGGGCACAUCCUACGCAUGGAAGAGCAUGCAAGGAAUGCACAGUGGGACCGGAGGAUGGGCCGCAGGUUUAGUACAGGAGGGCAUAUGUGGUAAGGAAACAUUUGCGCAUGGGAAGAUGCGAACACUUGACUUAAAUGCAGAAGUCAAAGAAUGGUUAGGGCAGAAUAGCAGACUACAACAGGCAAUACAAAGGAUGAAAGGGGAUGCAGAAUGCGGGACAAAGUGGGAUAGCAAAUGGAAACUAGAGGACAUCCUGGCGCCUGGGAAUACACAGGAUACGCCAGGCUCGCAGAUUGUUCAGAUAGUCCACGACUUGAAGGCAGGACUGGGGGAAGUAUUUACGCAAAUCGCGACACCCCUGCAAGACACCCUGGUACAACGCGCAAGAGCACAGAAGGCACCGUUAGCGAACGAUGGCAAAAACGGGCAGACCGCCACCAAGGCGGCGACCACACCAUCAAAGGCACCGACAGUCGAGGUGUGCGUGUGCGGCCACGACGGAAGCGGUAGGGGCGACGAGGCCCGAGAUGACGAAGAUGAGGAUGCAGAACAGGAGGACGCGAAGGCGGGGACGGACAAGAACAAAAAGAAAGAAGACAGCAGUAACGGGCAGGUAGUAACGACGACACCAGAAGUACCACCAACUAAGGUACCAGAAGUACCAAAGGCGGUUGUUCCUGAGAAGAACACACCACAGGCAGGCAGCGGACCAGAUAGCAAGGGUAGGAAUGAUGAGGGGUUACCGGACGCCUUACCACAACCCCCAUCGGCCACAGGAGGAACAGGCGGGGAAGGACAAGGACCGGGUCAGGGACCAGGACCUGGACAACCACCCCCACCUUCACCACAACAGGAAGGAUCACCGCCGGGGAACAAUAGUAGAAAGGAGCCACCAGCAUCCGCAGCCGGCACAUCGGGACCUAAGGUGGACGAGGAUGGAAACAAGCACAACCCAAAGGUAGACGCGCCGACACCAGGUGAGAAAGAGAGAAAAGUAGUUGAAAGCAAGACUGCUGAAACUCUACUUGGUACUGCAGUCAUAACAACUGAGAUCACCACCACAACCUAUGAUCCCACUGGUGGAGUUGGUAUGGAUACUAUUAAUAAGUUACUGCAGGAGCAAGAGAAGAAGGAGAAAAGAACUGAAGAAGCAAGCAAUGAGCCGACAAAGAGUGCAGUGGUACCUGACACUAAAAGCACAGAUAGCGCUGGUGAUUCUUCCAAAACGAAGGCUGCAGAUGGGGAAAGUAGAAAUACUGAAAACACAAAAGUUGAGGAUCAUCAACCAGGAAGUACCGGUGUUCAGGAUGCCGUCGUUGACGGCGGCAACGAUGACCCCCCUCCUCUCAAUCCACCCAAACCUAAACCGAACCCAGAUCAAUCGGGCAGUAGUGGCAGUUUCAGUGAUGCUGAUUUGGCGGAUGGAGUUGGUGGUGGGGAACAAAAGGGAGGUGCAAGUGGUGGAGGAGGCGGUGCUGCCGUUGGUGGAAGUGGUGGACGUGGUGCAGAUGCAGCCGUUACCCCUGACAUCCCUUCCGUUCCGCCCGGCCUCACAUGGGAAGAUAUUAAGCCGUACACCCCCGCGAUCAUUCCAGCGGUGGUUGGUAUUGCGGUCAUUGCCUUUUUCCUACGGAAUGCAAGCACACUAGGUACAUCCUCGGCUAAUGGCACCAGCCAAUUUGACAUGGUACAUGGAACUACCGUUGGAACGACCACCGUGUCAUUGAGUGAUGGAACGGAUGUAGGGAAACGGGGUCAACGUAAAUUCUACGAAGGUUGUGCGACGGGUAGUCCGGCGACAAACACGAUGUUCGAUAACAUGCGGAGAAAAUUACAGUCCAGGGACAAAGUAAACAAGCCACAGCACAAAAAGAAGUCAGUGCACGAUGGAACUACAGGGAAUAGUUGUAGAAGGGGUUUGAAGAAAUGCAAACGUUGUAAAAUGUGGAGAAGGGUAUGGUUGGGGCUCAUAGUAGUGGCCACAGUGCUGUAUACAUUCCUUAUAUCGCCCGCAGCACAAAGCAUCGUGCAGACGUCGUUAAUGUCGCAGGGAGCACAACUCGGUUUGUGGAUGUUGAUGGGCACGUAUGGAGCUUUCGUACUGAUUGUAAUUGUGUAUUGCUGCGUGCUAAUAUGUUUUUGCUGCUCUAAAACAGGGAAAUGUUUAUUGGAUAAAAUUUGGAAGAAGAAGGAGAAGGAGGAAGCUCCCACAGAAACGGAAAAAAACGAAGCAGAAGUAAAUAAAGAAUCGAAGAAGACGUGA